CUUCCCAUCCCGCCGUCCGCGCGCGCGCGCGUUAGGACCCAGCGGGGUAGCCUCGGGACCCUGGAGUGGGCGUGAAAUCCAUUGUGACGUCACGGGGCGGGGCUUUCUCUGGCUGGGACUGAGGGACAGAAGGACCGACUGGCGCGGCGUGGCUGAUCGGGAUGGUGGCUGACUGCGCAGGAUAGCGGCGGCCAUGUGGAGGUGACAGUCAGCUUGCGGACUCGGAGAGAGCAAAGGAGCUUGGACCAGGUGGACGGCGUUGGCUGGCAGCUCGGCCUCGGUGUUGGCGAUGGAAGCGGAAGGCUUGGGUUGGCUUCUGGUCCCGCUGCACCAGCUGGUGUCCUGGGUGGCCGCUGGGGCCAUGGUCUUCGGAGGGGUGGUACCUUACAUCCCCCAGUACAGGGACAUCCGGAGGACUCAGAAUGCUGACGGUUUCUCCACCCACGUGUGCCUAGUGCUACUGGUGGCCAAUAUUUUACGGAUACUCUUCUGGUUUGGAAGGCACUUUGAGUCCCCGCUCCUAUGGCAGAGCAUCGUCAUGAUCCUCACCAUGCUGCUGAUGCUGAAGCUCUGCACCGAGGUCCGCGUGGCCAAUGAGCUCAACGUCAAACGUCGCUCCUUCACAGCCACAGACAGUAAGGACGAAGAACUCAAAGUUCCUCCCAGGCGGCCCUACCUGGACUUCGAUCCUCACCAUUUCUGGCACUGGAGCAACUUUGCAGACUAUGUGCAGUGUGUCCUGGCCUUCACAGGUGUGGCAGGCUAUGUCACCUACCUGUCCAUCGACUCAGCUCUGUUUGUGGAGACACUGGGCUUCUUGGCUGUGCUGACCGAGGCCAUGCUGGGCGUGCCACAGCUGUAUCGCAACUAUCGCCACCGCUCUACGGAGGGCAUGAGAAUAUGGAUGCUAGUACAGUGCCUGGCUGCCGCAUCCUCUUGCUGCUGUGCCCUCCCCAAACUCCUCAAGAUGGUGCUCAUGUGGACAAGUGGUGACACCUUUAAGACAGCCUACUUCUUGCUCAACGGUGCACCUCUGCAGUUCUCAGUCUGUGGUCUACUGCAGGUUAUGGUGGACCUGGCCAUCCUGGGACAGGCCUAUGCCUUUGCUCGCCACCCCCAGAAGCCAGCACCUCAUGCAGUGCACCCUGUCAGUGCCAAGGCUCUCUGAGGCUUCUAGGGAGGACUAGGACACGUGACCAACCAGCUGUGGGUACUGAGUCCCAACCUAUGCCUCUGCACUCAGGAGGUUAGCCCUGUGCGCUCCACAGAUGAGCCGGCCAGGUGUGAGCAGAGAUGAGGUUGAGUGCUGUGCCCUCAUAGCCUUUGGGUGGGGGACUCAGGGACUCAGGGUGAGGAGCUAGGCUGGCUCUGUGGUGUUUUCAAGGUGAGAGAAAAGGCAGGUGUCUUUCCCUACCUCCUUCAGAAAAACACUGGCCUGACCCUGAAAUAGGUUCAUGCCACUGAGCAAGAUGGCAGGCACAGCAACCCGCUGAGUCCUUUCUGCUCAGCCAGCUUCCCUCAGUGAGCCUCUUGUCUCCUAGCAGAGCCGCUGGCACUCUAGACAGUGCAGUCAUGGCUACUGGUGGUCUGGCCUGCCUGUGUGUGCCACAGGUGUGUCCACUGCACCUGGUAGAGCUGGACUGUUGGGCUGAAGCUGGUCACUGUAUUUUGCCCCUCUCUCAGCUCAUCAUGAGGUCACGUUAUGCUUGGCAGCCCUGCGCUGACCUGGCUGACUCCUGGGUCCAGAAUGUUCUAGAUGCUUCUACAAACAGUAUCUUCCCUUCUGCUGGGCAGAAGGACUUCUUGCGCACACAGUGAUGCCGUACAGUUAGCACAAUAGCUCCAACAGUCAUGGUGGCUCACCAAAUGGCUGAAGAGUCCACUGUGUCACCUUCAAGCUUCCCUUGGAUAUUCUAAGUGUGUGAGCGAGAUCCCUGCCUACUCUCUGGCCUGUAAGAUGUUUAUUUUUUAAAAAUGAAGGGAGAUGUCUGUAUUGGUAAUUACCUCCAAAGUAAAUGUCAUCAAUUACAGGCCCAGCUGCUGAAUGAA